GCAAGCAGACAUAAGUUUCUAUCAGAAAAUGGUGUAAUGUCUCACUCUUUUGCGUUCUUUUCAAUGCUCUGAGUUGUUUGGGAUUUUGGAUUCUGGUGAUAUUGGAGCCAUGUCGUGGAAAACUAAAAACCUUGGAGUACACAUUGGUCAAGGGGCCCAGGCAGUGUCGGAUGGGGAGCUGAACAUGAUCACAUCGGAGGGGUCUGGUGGGAGCCACUCCAUGGUGGGGAAGGUGGCCAGCUGGGCUGUGAGCUUCGAGAGACUGCUGAUGGACCCCACGGGCGUGGGCUACUUCACGGCUUUCCUGAAGUCUGAAGUCAGUGCUGAGAACAUCCUCUUCUGGCAGGCAUGUGAGAAGUUCCAGCAGAUACCAGCUCACCAGAAAGAGGAGCUAACCAGAGCAGCACGAUCCAUCUUCGACAAAUACCUCUCACACAGUGCCUUCCAUGCGGUCAACAUAGAUGAGACGGCUCGCAUUACUGAGAGUGACCUACAGAAUCCCAAACCAGACAUGUUCCGUAAGGCACAACAGCAGAUUUUCAAGCUGAUGAAGUUCGACAGCUACACCCGUUUCAUACGCUCUCAGCUCUACCAGAAGUGUAUGCUGGCUGAAGUAGAGUUUCAGCCAUUACCAGGUCUUGGUCUAAGUUCCAAAAACCUUGGAGCAAAGCAGAAUAGUGGUUCUGAUGACAGCUUCAACAGACAGAAGAAUACGAGACAGCCGGAGAAGUUUUCACGUCUGGAAAUGGAGGCAGAGAGGAGGAGAAGAGGACAGGAGAGCAGAGCAGCGUGGGAUAGAGGUGGCACACAGAAAGGAUCACGGGAAGCCAAGGUCUCUGAACGCUGCCUGGUCCCAAGAGGUCCAUGUGACAACUCGACCAGCUUAAACAUACAGAGUGGCAGCACGGAGCAACUGAAAAUGGGCACGCAAGUUUUCCCUCUUGCCAACAAGACAGUGAUUCAGGACAGAGCAAAAGGUAACACACACGGUAGCAUUCCUCAGGUCAAUGUCCAAGGUUUGAGCUCCCAGCGCAGAGGGGCGAUUACCGCAGAGACCGUGGAUAGCCUUCAGCCAUCAGGGCACCAGGUCAGACCCAACACCAGGACAAGGAAUAAUGCAGUAAGAAAGACCUAUGAUAAUGAUGGGUUUGAGGCCCUGCUCUCUCGGGCAGAGUGGAGCAGUGUGGAUGACCAGCGAGGGUUACUGAGGAAGGAGCACCUGGUGAUGCCCACCUUCCUGCAGCUUCCCCAGGGGGAGGGCAAGAAAGAGGAGCAGGAGGAGAAGAGGGGGAGUGAGGAGCCCUGUCCCACCUCCUCCUGCCCUGCCACAGCCCCUGUGAACCCCACGCAGGCCGGGGGAGAGAGUGCUGUGGGCCUGGCAGCUUCCAGUGCGACAGACUCAGACGCUCAGUGCUACUCCCCUUUGUCCCUUCCUGAAGGAUCCUUCUUCUGCACCGACUUAUCUCGAGAAACAGUGGUGUGAGUGUGUGAGUGUGUGUGUGUAUGUGUGUGUGAGAGAGAUAAUGUGGUUGUGUGAGUGUGUGAUUGAGGCUGAGUGGCUUGCUCUCUGGUAUAACCACUAUAGGAUCUGCACAGAUGUUGGGCCCAUCAGCAAGGCCCUUAACCCCACAUUGUUCUAGGAGGUCAUUGUACAUUGUAAGUCCUUCUUAGUCUAAUCAACUGCAAGUUGCUUUGGAUAAAAGCUUCAGUCAAAUAACAGUGUAAUGAGUAUCUGAGAGGGUGAUGGUGAUUCAGGGUGUGAGCGUGUCGCUGAUGGUGAGUGUGUAAGUAUGCAUUUGUGACUGAGUGUGAGUGUGUUCAUUUGUAAGGAUGUGAGUGUGAAGGUGAGCAUGUAGGAGUAAGCUUAUAAGUGUGUAUACAGGCAAGGCUUAGCUUGUCAGUGUGUUUGUGAGGACAUGUGACUGUGUGAGGACACGUGUGUGUGGAAUGAGGGGUAGCAUGUUAGCAUGUUUAAGACGGUGUUAGCAUAUGGAAUGGAUAUGACUCAGUCCUCAUAUGUGACUAUGUGUGGAUAGGGGAAUCAUGCAUUGGUCAAAUUGUGAGUUCAGACUUUUAUGAUGUUAAACCACAGACUGUAUUAUAAAAUGUAUAUUCUAAUUAGCUGGGCUAUUGUAUUUAUUUGGAACUGAUCCCUACAUGAUUUUAAAUUAUCCUUUUAAAAAAAAUAGGGAUGAAUCAUAUUUAUAUAUUGCAAAUUUACAUAUGCAUUGUGUCAUACAGAAAUAUAUUUUACAAUGUUAUUGGUUCCAGCAAAAGACUGUUAGAGAAAUCACCUGAGGAAGAAACUGUAUUACUAACAUUCAACAAUAAAACUAAACAUGAGACUA